AUGGCCUGGCGUCCAGAUGACCCGGUGACACUUCCCGAUGGUCGCCUAGUCUGCAGACCACACAGACUCGUAGUCUGCGGCUACUGCACCGUUGACUACAGCUUUAUGGACGAGGUGUUAGAGGGGGAGGACGAUGAUGACGAUGACGCAGAAGCCUCAGACCUUGGCAAUCACACAGACGACAUUGAUGGGCCUCCUGUUGGUGUUAUCGGUGCGCCCUUGCCUCGCGCGGAGCCCAGAGUCGGCACGGGACGCAUCUUCCCCACAAAGUUCAAUCCCUCAAAUCCAAGCAACACCCCGCAGACGCUUUUCCCACUCCGCAGAACUCACAACGCCACGCCUCCUGUGUAUCGGUUCAUUCGUCGCAACGAUGAAACCCAAUUCCUGAUCUACACGGAUGGCGCAUGCUUAGACAACGGUGGUGCCAAUCCAAGAGCUGGUUGUUGCUUUGUCUACAGAAACUCCACCCAGAACCCUACAAUCUGUGGCUACACAAGCUUUCCUCUCGAGACGCAAGGUCCCACGGGCAGAGAGCACCCGCAAACAAGCAAUCGGGCUGAGCUGCGCGCUGUCAUUGCCGCUAUGCGGUUUCGAGCAUGGACUGGGGAAGGAUGUCGCUGUCUAGUCAUUGCUACUGAUUCCGAGUAUGUCGUUGAGGGUAUGACGAAGUGGGUGAAGGGAUGGAUGCGGAACAACUGGAAGACGAGUUCGGGAGCGCCUGUCAAAAACAAGGACCUUUGGGUGUGUUUACUCGGGGAGGUGGAGCGAUGGAAUGAAGAAGGAAUGCGCAUUCACUUCUGGCGUAUUCCAAGAGAAUGGAAUACAGAGGCCGACCAGCAUGCUAAAGUAGCUGCUACUGAGAAUGCGUCUCGAGAAUUCCAGGACAUUCGCGGAGUCCUUGUUUGA